GGGUGACGUAACCACUUCCACAACAACAAGAAGAAACAAGGAAGUGUCAAUCCGAAACCUGUAACAAGGCCGAGACAAGAUACGCAGAGCUCCGUACAAACUGAUGUUCCUCAGCCUCCGAAUCAAUCCACAACAAUGAAUAACAAAGGUUCAUAUCCACAGCAGUCUGUGUACCCUCAGCAGAGUACUGCACCUGUAUACCCUCCUGCUAUGCAAAUGUCUCCUCAGGCACCUCCCUACACAGACACACCACCUGCAUAUUCUGAGAUAUACCAGCCCAGAUAUGUGCUUCCACCUCAGGUGCCUGGUCAGGUGCCGCAGAUGUCCUCUCCCUACGCUGGCCAUCAGGUGUACAUGCCCAUGCAGCCACACAUGCAAGUGGGUCCGGUGGGCCAGAAUGUCCCCAUGGCUUACUACCCCAUGGGAGCCGUUUACCCCCAUGGAUCAACCGUGAUGGUGGACAGCGGCUUUGACGCCGGCGCUCGCUUCACAGCCGGCAGCAGCGUCUCCAUCCCCCCCCCACCGCCUGGACACCCCCCUAAUGCUGCUCAGCUGGCCGCCAUGCAGGGCGCCAAUGUUGUCAUGGCGCAGCGCAAGAAUAACUUCUUCCUGGGUGGAUCCAGUGGAGGGUAUACCAUCUGGUAACAGCAGCUAUUCCCCUCCUGGUUCAUGCAUAAAAGCCCAUCCCAGAUGAUUCCCCAGUUCCUUCUUUAUUCCAUACGCCUUCCUCUUCAGGCUGCUUGGCCAUGCCACAAUACUGAUAUCACCUAACGGAAUGUAAUAUUUUAGAGCCCUUGUUAAAGGUACAGUACUCCACUUCUGACCAACAGAUCAAAUGAUAAUUCUCACCGCCUGAGAGGAAAAAAAGCUACAGAUUUUAAAUUUUAAGUCUCCAUAAUCGAAAGUCUUCGGUCGCUCCAGAUUGGACUUUAUUUCAGGCGUCUGUCUCUGCUCAGGAGAGCUAUUCUCCUUUGAUCAAAUGGUCACAAAUAACACUGAGAUAUUCAUGUAUUCCUGUACAACUACUUAGAUAAAAUGUUGAAAUAACAAACCUACAUUAUAUAGUUUAGCUGCUUUAUGGUGAAAGUAAAACGCAAAGAAGCAAAGUUACAAAGUCGCAAAGCGCAAACUAAAAGAAAUCUCCACUUGUUGUUUUUGAAAAUCUCUAGUGUAGUUUAAUUAAUAGGAGUGUAAUAGUUUUGUGUAAAUACCAGUAUGAUGAUCAGGGGAUGUUACCAUCUCUGCUAUAUAUAAAAAAAAAAGAAUCAGCAUCCUGGAUGCAUUUAGUUAGACCUGUCUUGUCUUUUGCACAGUAUCAAAAAAAAAAAACACCACAAUAAAUUUGUUGCACAAUGAACUUUCUGAGAGAUUGUUCCAUUUCAAUCAGUUGUAAAAUAAAUAAAUUUAAUUUAAAGCAAAAACAAAUAUGUGUUUAAGAAAAGAGUUAAUGCAAUAUCUCAAGUGGUUUACUGUACCUUGUUGGGCAACUUGUAGAUGAACAUAGUCGAGUGCCAAAGAGCACUGGGGAUAACCCUGAAUCGAAGCAAAUUAACUUCAGUAAACUUAAAGGAAAGAAAUUUAAAGUAAAUCCAAAUAGUAAGAUGAACAGAAAGGGGUGGUUGGUGUAACAUUUUUAUCUUUUUAUGUAUCCUGUUUCUAUUCCACGGUCGGAUACCCAGAGUUUAUCACUGCGCAUUUAUUAUUCAGAUCUACAGAGCUAUGCUUUUUUUUUUUGUUCUAGGAUUUUUUUUUGUUUACACAUCUUUAAAGUUGUAUGAAAAAAAUCAUUCUUCUUAGAACAUUGUAACCAUUUCACAAAAAUGCAUUUAAUACUUCAGUUUUCUUUUCUUGGUUCAAUAUUUUUGACUGAUUUACACGAGUAGUUAGGCUAAUGAAAACAUUCGACAGUAUAACCAAUGAGCUGGUUGUGCCAAAGAUCUAGCCGGCAAUGCAUUUAGAAUAAGUUGUGACAUCAAAUUUUAAUCGUCACCGUUUGAAAAAGCAAACAUAUCCUUGAACAAGAAGUUGUGACACUGUUGGCUCCUCAAGCCUUCAGUUUCCCAUGACUGCAAUCUAUUGUGGAUUUUUUUUUCUGUCACUAUGUGUGAGUCACCUGCAUCUUUGAGUUGCUGCAUACUUUGCACCUUUUGCUAAUGUACCUUUUAUCUGAAAUGCACUGCUAAGCAAAACUGAGGAGUUGCAGAAAUAAAGGGGCUAAUCUCUUUUUACAUUCUGUUUUCAUGACUUUUUAAAUGAAAAGGAAAAAAAAGCUGUGACAUUUUUCAACAGUUUUGAGUCCAUUUUUAUUCCAUUUAAAAGAUUAAUGUAAAGAUGUGCCAUGUUGUUCAAAAGCCUCAAAGUGUAUGCAAAGAUCUUGCAAUGAGGCUACAUGACUGUCAGCAUGUUUAUUUAAGUCAUUUUAAAAAAAAUAAAAAAAUGCUUUCAUGCAUCUUUGGAGUCAAUCAAAAACUAAAUAAAGUAUUUGAAGCUAGACAUGUUGUCUGUAUGGAUACCACAAACUAAUAUUUGUAAGCAUUUAUCAUUGUGGUGUGAAUGAGUGUCACUGGGUAUCCGACACGCAGCAUAAAAUCUUAAUAGCUGUGGCUAACAGAAACGAAAGUCAAAACGUUGGCUUUUUAGUGAUAUAAUUAACUAAAUCCCAAACCAACUUUCUGGAAAUCUGUUUCCUUUUUCUGACAUGACGAGGUUUUAAACAAAAAAAAAAAACAACUCCUGCUGUCACUUCAGGCAGCUCAACCUGUUUUUUUCUAAACAAAAAGGCCACAGCUAUUAAAACUUUAACAGCUGUAACUCAAACGGAAGUUUUCUUCUUUUCUUUCCAUCUCUGCUCCGAUUGUAAAGCAGCUUAAGUGGCUUCAUUCCAGCAUUAUGAAGUACUGUAAACUCACAACUGACUAGUAGAUGCUAUGCCAACCACAGCCAGCAAACGGGACAUUCUUUGUUGAAGGAUUAUGGACAUUUAUAGUUCAGGGAUUCUCUUUACAACAUUUUGUAAAAUAGAUGUAUGUACUAAAGUGAUGUGACGUACUUUGGUACACAUUCUAUCUUUUAAGAUUACUAAAGGAGAUGAGUGUCACUACGGUUUGCUGAGACAUGUCAAGGAUGAAAUACUUUGGAAAAAAAAAAAGAACUUAGGUGCACUUAACUUUUUUAUACUAAACUUAAAAUUUAAAAUGUAAGUUUAGAAUAAAGGUUAUUUUGGAAAUUUGAAAUGUGGUAAGUUUGUUCUUGUAUGCAUUUGUGUAGUCCCUUGGUAGAAUAGUAAAAAGUUUCCUAUGUUGACAA